GAGAAUAACAAGCUCGGAUCUUCAAAAGUGAACCUUCGCUGCUACGAGUCAUACGCGCGCGCGUUCGCCUUAUUAUAUACGGUACUAAACAGGAAACAUGCUGUACUACGAACUGCAGGACAACCUGUACAAUCGUUUUUAGCAAUCGUUUUACUGCAAGCGUCCCUGUGCAGUAUGCCAACAGACGACCUCGAAUCUGUCAGCAUCGCAUUUAGGCAAAUCGGCUCAUUUUGUAUAUUGAACCUAUUAAACCUGUUGCAAAGUUGCAAGUGCAAUGUGUCUUUCAUGUAUACUGUAUGGCCGAAAACAAAAAGUGCACAAAAAGGAGGUGUAAAAGAGUGUCAGUUCUACCGAAUCCGCAGAAUUAUGACUCUGAGCCGUGGUCCUUACAACGAGCUCGAUAAAAUGAGCCUUUUCCAAGAUCUGAAAUUAAAGCGAAGAAAAGUCGAUUCACGAUGUAGCAGUGAUGGUGAAUCAAUAGCUGAUACUAGUACAUCGUCGCCGGAUCUUUUACAGUCACUUUCACCGAAAAUGUGUGAUCAGCAGCAACCACAAACGGCAGUAUCGCAUAGCGUUGUACAGGAUAUUUCUACUAUACCGGGAGCAGCAGAAAAUUUCUCUUCACCAAAAACACCUAUAUGCGAAGAAAUCUUUCAGUGUGAAUUACCUGAUGACGAUUCCGCAGAUCCUGUUGGUUCCUAUGUAAAAGGAGUAGAUCAAGCUGAAUCUGCAUGCUCCUAUGUAGGCCAAUCAUCCGACAGAGAAAUCAAUUGCAAAAAAAAUGAAGAAACGAAUGACAACAUUGGGGUUUCUAUGCCUGCUCCAAAAAUGCCGUUGUAUGAGGAUCCUUUGAAGGACGAUUUGUGUAGAUGCGUUGCAGCUUCAAUCGAUUUUUUACCAGUAACCACAUUGGAAAACGCACAAUCGAAUAGAACCAAUAACAGUUUUUCUGCAAUGGCAUCGUUUUCUACCAAUGGCGGCGGUGCUAGUGUUAUACGUGCAGUCGCCGAUGAGCGACGUCCUGUGUCUGUUUCACCGCAUAAUUCUAUACCUAAGCAGACGAGCACAAAAAGCAGUUGUCAUAACAGACGAAGUUGUCUAACUAACGGUAACAGCAGUGAUAUUAUUGACAAGAGAACCAAUUUCUCAACCAAUAUACAAAACUUCCCCAUAGACCAAACGACCAUCAAUUCAUCCCCGCUAUCACAUCAGGAAAUGUGCCAGCAUUCGGAACAUUACUGGAAAACAAACCAUGCUGAUGUGCACAGUACGGAAAACGAAUGCGGUGGCGUAGACAACAAUACGGUCAAUAACGUACCUCCGAGUAGUAGUAAACAAAUUGAUGACCAUGAUCCUGCAAUGCAACAAAAUCAACCUAUGACAGUGCUAGUAAAUCCAGCAACUUCAAAAAUAAAAUGUGAGAAAUCCACCAAUGCAACGAACUCUGCAGCGAAUGCAGAGGCAGCCGCAGCAACAACUCUGGUCACACUGGGGAUGAGAAAACAACAGUCGGCACAACUUCUACAGAUGUCCUCUUCCGUAACUACUGAUUUAUUAGUAGCUUCUUCCUCUGCGUUAACAUCAGUAGCAAAAAUAAUAAGAAAAGUUACUGAUUCCAUGUCCGAUGAGAGUCAUAAGAGCGAGAGUCGUGACAUAGCAUCGAGCUUUUCUGUACGAGAUUCUUCUAAUGGCCGGGCGGAUAAAGAAAUGGGUCUGACUGCUAGUGUACGUGAUGAUUAUUUACGUUUAGCCACAAUAUUGCCUGUAGCUUCUACGACAACCACUAUGUCACCAUCGUCUCAACCCUUCCAACAAGGAUCCAAGGAUGAUUCGAUCAGAAAUAAUUGUGAAUUGUCGCCAGUUGGUUCUAGUCAUAUUAUUGCUUCAUCUAGCAAUAAUGAGCAUGAAAAUGAUGUUUACACUGUUCAACUAGAUGCAGUUACUCACCAGCAACUACAUGAGACAAUGCAAAAGCAAACAUGCAAAAACAGAGAAAGACAACUAUCUCAAUCAAAACCAGACCAGAUACAACAGCAACAGGAACAGAAAGAGGAACAGAAAGAAGAACAGAAAGAGGAACAGAAAAAGGAACAAAAAGAGGUACAGAAAGAGGAACAACAACAACAACAACAACAACAACAACAACAACAACAACAACAACAACAACAGCAGCAGCAACAGCAACAGCAACAGCAACAAGUAAUCACUAGUUCCACGGUGAUAAACAAUAAUCGACAAUACAACAACAGUAUUGUAAAUCCUAGUAUCGCACAGCAUCAAGUACUUGUUAAACGUGAUCGUGGUAAUAGAGUAUAUGUUUCCCAAUCGCUUGAUUCGUCUAGAUCUUCGACGACACGGCAAUCGGUGAGUCCUGGUUCAAUUUCUAACAGCAGUACUUCGCCACUCCAUUUGCGUUUCCCUCAGCAACAGCAACAUCGAGAUAGCCCAAGCGUUCAGACGGAAUCCACUAGUCUGACAUUGCAGCCUCAUCAAAACUUGUCGCCUUAUCCUCACAUUAUUAUAAAACGGGAAAGUGGUUCAUCAAAACUUCAUCAGCAUUCGUCCACUUCAGUUACUAUGGGUGUCGUUGGAGUCGGAGGAGGUGCUAAAGCCAGCAUCACAGCUCAAACGUCGUCAUUACUAACGACGGCAACAACUUCGCAAAAGCACCUUGCAACUUGUGAUAGCCCAAUUUUGUUUCGGGUUAAAAACGAGGUAAACGUUCACCAGACAGCUUUACCUCCGGAUCAACAACCACAACAACGCAUGAUAUGGCCUGUGACCGCAUCGGCUCGUAUCAACGGAGUAAAACCGGAAGUUAUUGGAGGUCCACUGCCUCCGAUAAGAAAGCAAAUAUCAUCACUUCAACAGCAUCAGUUGCAAUCUGCGACGCCACAUCUAUCACAUCCGCAGCAGCUGCAUCAACAGGAAUAUCAUCAGCAUUCACAGCAAUAUCAUCGACAACCCCAGCAGCAACAACUAAAACAGCAUUCACCGCAACACCAUCACUCUAGUACAAGACCCAUGACAUCGCAGACCCCUCCUCGUAACACUCCCACAGUUAUAAUGGGAGAAUCGUGUGGAGUGCGGACAAUGGUAUGGAGCUACGAUGCAUCGCUGAAUGUACAUAGCCCAUCUAAUAUUUCUGACGAAGCAACGACUGGUUUAUCUAGCCAGGCGCCUGGCACGCUUGGUAAUGGUGCUUCUACGCAACAUACGCUACUCCGUCAGCCAUCCUUCCAUUCACAGCAUAGCCAGCUGCAAAAAAAUAAUGGAGCUCUAGCAUGUAGUGGAAACAGCAGCAUGAAUACUAACAGGAACGGCAACACCAAACCAUCCCCGAGUAACAAUAACGAAGAGGCCGCGCAUUUACUACUAAGUCUUGGCCAAACCGUAACUCCGACUACGACAGCAGUUGUGGUGGCAGCGACUACUGCUGCUGAUGCUGACCAAACACUGUGGCAAGCAAACAACCUUAAUCGAACAGUUCUUCCUCUGAAUAUGGAGCGCCUAUGGGCUGGUGACUACGGCCAGUUUCCGACAGGGCAACAACAACCACAGCAGCACCAACUACAGCAGAUACAGCAGCAACAAAAAGCACUGAAUCUUUCAGCCCAGCAACUUGCUUGGAAUCUGGGUGGAAUUGCUGGUUCGAAAAAGGACUUGCUAGAAGAUAUGCCUCCGGAUGAAGAGGAUCAGCCGUUGGUUUGCAUGAUAUGCGAGGAUAAAGCUACUGGCUUGCAUUAUGGCAUCAUCACGUGCGAGGGCUGUAAAGGUUUUUUCAAGAGGACUGUACAAAACAGACGCGUGUACACAUGUGUGGCAGAUGGCACGUGCGAAAUCACGAAAGCCCAGCGUAAUCGCUGUCAGUAUUGUAGGUUUAAAAAAUGUAUUGAACAAGGCAUGGUACUGCAGGCGGUUCGAGAAGAUCGCAUGCCGGGCGGCCGAAACAGUGGUGCCGUUUACAAUUUGUACAAAGUUAAGUAUAAAAAACACAAAAAGAACAAUCAAAAGAUAAAUACUAUCUCCAAGGGGCAAGGCGAUGUUGGUAUCAUGAUGGGAUCAGCGUCAGUCACUAAUAGUAGUGUUUGCAGUACGGCCGAAGCAGCAGGACCUGCUUCUUAUGAUGGCAAUGGCUCUAGUGUUGAUAGUUUAAGCGACAAUCCCAGUUCGGCUAGCAUAUACCAAUCUCACUCGCUGCGCCAGGAGCAGCAGCAUCAUUUAGGACAACACCAUCUGUCCUCUACUACGUCCCCAACUUUGAUAAAGGCGGAAGGGACGCAAGUUUUGUCGGCACAUCUCGCGAAUGGAACCAUUCUCAAAACAGCACUUACGAACCCUAGCGAAAUAGUUCAUUUACGGCAUCGAUUGGAUAAUGCCGUCAGUUCGUCCAAAGACCGUUCGAUAUCCUAUGAACAAGCCUUGAAUAUGAUACAUACCCUUAUAGACUGUGAUGCUAUGGAGGAUAUAGCUACUCUACCGCAUUUUAGUGAAUUCUUAGCCGAUAAAUCGGAAAUUGGUGACAAGCUGUGUAACAUUGGAGACUCAAUCGUUCAUAAGCUGGUGUCGUGGACGAGAAAGUUACCUUUCUAUAUGGAUAUACCUGUCGAAAUACACACUAAACUGCUUACCGACAAAUGGCACGAGAUAUUGGUGCUAACGACCGCGGCCUAUCAGGCAAUGCAUGGGAAGAAAAAUAUAUCCAACCAAUCACAAGAUACUCCGGGACCUGGAGGAGGAAUCCUGCUAUUGGCUCCUGAUAAAAGUGACAAGGAAUUUAAGGAAGAAAUUACGCGUCAUUUGCACACUUUACAAUCCUGCCUAACAACACUUAUGGGGCAUCCAAUCUCGAUUGAGCAACUAAAAAUCGACGUUGGUCAAAUGGUAGAGAAGAUGACUCAAAUUACCAUCAUGUUCCGCCGGAUCAAGCUCAAAAUGGAAGAGUAUGUCUGCCUGAAGGUUUACAUACUGUUAAAUAAAGAAGUCGAGCUGGAAAGUAUCCAGGAAAGAUAUAUUCAGGUUCUUAGAAGCUAUCUACAGCAUACUAUUCCACACAACCCAAACCGAUUGAGUGAUCUUCUAGCUCAUAUUCCGGAGAUUCAAACAGCGGCCAGCUUACUUCUGGAGAGUAAAAUGUUCUACGUUCCCUUCGUUUUGAACUCGGCAAGCAUUAGGUAGCAGAUAGUUGAUUGCGGUAGGAUGAUGUUGCCGUCACCGAAUUCUGAUGAUGCAGGCGCAAAGAUGUUGCAAGCUUCGAAUAUCUACUCGAGUUGGGCGAGCGUAGAGAAAAAUAUUGCAGGCAAUAGUCCUAUCCAUGCUCGAACCACUCAUAUCAUCAAUAAAAGAAUCGAGACGAUGCCACCAGAACCCCACGCUGGCCAUGAUGGCCAAUAUGAAAGCCAGUCAUCGCUUGCUAUAUCUCCUUACGUCUCACCUACAGAAG